AUGGGCCCAGAGAACAUGUACAUAAAGAAAAUGUGCGCAAAUAACAUGUGCGCAGAGAACAUGUGCGCAGAGAACAUGUGCACAAAGAACAUGUGUACAAAGAACAUGUGCACAAAGAACAUGUGCACAAAGAACAUGUGCACAGAGUUCAUGUGCACAGAGAACAUGUGUACAGAGAACAUGUGCACAGAGAACAUGUGCACAGAGAACAUGUGUACAGAGAACAUGUGUACAGAGAACAUGUGCACAGAGUUCAUGUGCACAGAGAACAUGUGUACAGAGAACAUGUGCACAAAGAACAUGUGCACAGAGUUCAUGUGCACAGAGAACAUGUGUACAGAGAACAUGUGCACAGAGAACAUGUGCACAGAGAACAUGUGUACAGAGAACAUGUGUACAGAGAACAUGUGCACAGAGUUCAUGUGCACAGAGAACAUGUGUACAGAGAACAUGUGCACAAAGAACAUGUGCACAGAGUUCAUGUGCACAGAGAACAUGUGCACAGAGAACAUGUGCACAGGGAACAUGUGCACAGAGAACAUGUGUACAGAGAACAUGUGUACAGAGAACAUGUGCACAGAGUUCAUGUGCACAGAGAACAUGUGUACAGAGAACAUGUGCACAAAGAACAUGUGCACAGAGUUCAUGUGCACAGAGAACAUGUGCACAGAGAACAUGUGCACAGGGAACAUGUGCACCGAGAACAUGCACAUAGAAAACAUGUUCGCAAAGAACAUGUGCGCAGAGAACAUGUGCGCCGAGAACAUGUGCACAGAGAACAUGUGCGCAGAGAACAUGUGCACAAAGAACAUGUGCGCAGAGAACAUGUGCGCAGAGAACAUGUGCGCAGAGAGCAUAUGCCUAAACUGUAGCUUACACACGCACAGCUGCUCGCAUCCUGUUGACGAUAAGUCGGCGCGCACGCUGCUUCUGAGCGCGCUGUUUACGCUGCAGUUCAGGCCGCUGUUUACACUGCAUUUCAGGCCGCUGUUUACACUGCAGUUCAGGCCGCUGUUUACGCUGCAGUUCAGGCCGCAGUUUACGCUGCAUUUCAGGCCGCUGUUUACACUGCAGUUGAAGUCGCUGUUUACGCUGCAGUUCAGGCCGCAGUUUAUGCUGCAGUUCAGGAUGAAGUUUACACUGCUGUACUAA